AUGUACUUGCCGCAAUGCAGUCAUGACAACCGCGACCACUUCGUACGGCCAAACAACUUUACCUCUGUCAUCUCACGCGCAUACGCGCGCGACGAAGCCCUCAAGUUGGCAGUCAUAGCGCUGGGCACUGCCAUGUUGGGGAAAGUACAGGGAGAGGAAGAAUGGAUGCGACAAGGUAGAAAACUGUACGGACAGGCACUACAAGAGACGCGCAAGGCAUUGCUGGACGCGAAUAGGGUGAAUUCUGAAGCCUUGCUCCUCGUCCCGAGGAUCGGAGCAUUAUUCGAGAUACUUUUCGGCGCCGACAUGGACCCCAUCAUGCAAGCACAGAGCUGGCGCAGCCACGCAGAGGGCGAACUUGCGAUAAUCAAAGCAAGGACACCAUAUGGGUUUCAGGAUGAUCUCUCGCACCAGAUCUAUGUGGACGGUCGACUCCCGCCAAUCAUUGCGGCUAUACGGAUACGCAAGGCCUCCGUACUUGAUAGUGUCGAGUGGAAGACCAUACCCUGGGAUAUAUACCCCAAGACGCCCAAAGAUAGCCUGAUGGACAUCCUCGUUGGUAUUCCGGAGGUUCUCGAAGACAUCGACAGUCUGCAUCCCAAGUUUAGUGAUGCGAUUGAGGCUGCUGCUCGCGCAAGCAUCGCAAUCAAGUGCAAAAAGCUGGAAACGCAACUUCAGUAUUGGGCUACAGUACAUGAAUGGACCUUGCUUCAUCCAGACACAGAAGAGCCUGCUGAAAUAGCAUUCAGCGACAUCUUAACUGCGUAUCUCACGCUUUACUACUGGACUGCAUCCCUGUUCGUCUACGGCGCGCUGGCGGUUGUCUCGCCACCAAAGGCAGUAGCGUCUCCUCAGGCAUUAUUAACCACGUCAACCGAUGCGCUUCUGUACGCACGCCGUAUUGCUCGAAGUGUCCCGUACUUUCUCAACCCCUCUUGCGGCAUUUGGGGCGCCACAACGAUUUCGUUUCCGAUGGGCGCGGCAUUGCUAUGCCUGAUACACAAUGGCAAGGAGGAGAACAAAGCGUAUCUAGGAUUGGCGCUCGCAGCUUGGCACAACCCUGCCUUGCCGUGUGCAAUUCGGGAUUUCUUGAACAGUAUGCGGCGCGAUGCGGCUGGCGAGUUAAAAUAUGGGCGGCCGAGGUUUGGUGGAGAGUUGGGGAUAUUCUGA